AUGCUCAGUGGCAGGAUUCGUCGGAGGGCCCUGGCCCUGCUGGGUGCCCUCCUGCUGGUGAUCCUCGUCUGGCCGCCCUGCUGCGCGACGAUGCCGAAGCCACUGCCGGCCGCGCUCCCGAUGGGUCCGUGGGAAAAGUCCGUUCCCCCUUCGCGGCCCCAUCCGGCCGCCAUCGCCGUCCCAGUGCCGCUUCCGCUCCAGCAGCACGGUCCCGUGGCGGGCACUCACCUAAAACGGCACGGUUCAUCCGCGGCCCAAGGGAAAGGCUCGCACGAUCAGCAGCAGGACCGGGAACCGCCGGACUCCCGGGAGGACAGCCGGACCAGCGGGCGAGAAAGUGAAUUCUAUCGCUUCAUGCGCGUACUUAACCACAGUGUCGAAUCGAACGAACGAAGACAGCUUGCGGCGGUGAGUGAAACGGUGGCGGGCCAGUUCAAUAUGGCGGCGCGCGAAAAUAGCCCGCCCCGACCGUACGAUUAUUUAAUUGAAUCGAUCGAUAAAAAUAAACCCCGCACGACGCGAACAGUGCCGGCCGGCGAUAAGGACGCCCGGGUGCCAGGGGCGCAGUUCGAUGACAUGACGGGGCCCCCGGCUGCCGGUGCGUCCCUCAGUGUUGCAUCUAGUCACCCGUCCGCUCCGCCGACCGUACUGGCGAGAAGCAGACGCAACGCUGCUGCCACGCCACCACCACCACCAGCGGCCAUCGGCACCGGCAAUCCCCAUCGCCAUCAGCACAAACUGCCUCCGGGCGGCGAUCAGCAACUCAAUGCGACCGCCACCGGUGUGUGGCAUGGGCGACGCGGUGGUGGAGGCCGACAACAGCAGCAGCAACUGUAUCGCAACAUCGAUCCGAAUCUCGACAGGAACGAGCGGGCCGCCAACCUGUCGCACAUUUCCGGUGCGACGCGCAAAAUCCAGCUGUUCAUCAAGAACCGCUACGUGCAGCUGCUGCCCGACGGAACUGUCAACGGCACGCACGACGAUCUGAGUGACUACACGAUCCUACAGCGGACAACCGUCGGGAUAGGGCAGAUCAAGAUCCAGGCCGUUGCGACGUGCUUGUUUCUCUGUAUGGACACAUGCGGCAGUGUCUACGGUUCGAAAGAGUUCAGCGACGACUGCAUCUUCAACGAGCAGAUGGAGCAGCACCACUACAACACGUACUCCUCGACGCAGCACUCGAACUCGCGCCGCACGCUCUACCUCGCCCUCAACAAGACGGGCCAACCGCGCAAGAUCCAGAUCCCGGUCAACCGGACGCUCGGCAAGCUGGCCACCUACACGAAGGCGCUCACGCAAACGGUGGCCCACGAGCGCGUGGAGCAGCUAGUGUCACGGCUGUUCGGGGCCGACCACGUGCGCCACGGCCUCAGCCAGCUGUGCGAGACGGGCCAACCGUUGGUGGAGCUGACGGCCCGGGAGAUGCGCCCCCGGCCGGUCUGCGGUGGCCAGGGGAAGGGUCCCCUCGCAGCGGGUGGUGGUGGUGGUGGUGGUGGUGGAGGAGGCAAGAAGCAGCAGCAGAACGCUGGCAAAGACGAAGGCAAGGAAGGCCCGCGGCAGAAGAAGAAAAAGAAGCGACGAAAAUGCCGCGAGGACGAACUGCCCGGCGAACACUGCGUGCGGCCGGGGCCGGGCGGUCCAGGUGGUACAAAUGGUAGCGGUAAUAAGAAGCGGCCCGGCGGCCAGCAGCACUCGGGGCAAGCGCGGCAACCAGGCAGUAGUAGUAUUAGUAGCGGUAGUAGCAAUAGCACUAGUUCCGUAGGCAGUAGCAGUAGCGCAGGAGGCACCAACCAGUCAGCGACCAGCUUCGCCGGUCACCUCAGCAACGGCAGUAGUAUUAGCAGCAGCAAUAGCAGUGCAAAUAGUCUAAUAGCAAGUAUUAGCAGCGGAGGCCCCAACCGCCAAGGUCUACCGUACGCCCAACUCACAGCGACACCAAAUGUGCGGAAGCCGAAACCCACGAGGAAGCAGCCGGCCAACGGGGGGCCAGGAGGUGCCGGUGGACAGCGGGCCGCUUCCCAGCAGGCACCCGGCGGUCCGACGCGGAAACCCAAGAAACCCACACAACAGCCGGGCUCAGGUUCCGCCGGCAAACGGAAUGGAACGAUGGCGAACAAACCGGGCCCGGCGAGGAGUAAGCUGGUGUCGGCCGGCGUGGUACCUCCCAAAUCCAACCCCAAGCCAGCCUCGUUGACAAUCGCCCGGCCAGCACGUCCCUCGUUGGGCCCUCCCUUCCUGCUACCCUCGACAUCGACGACGACAACGACGACAACAACGACGACGACGUUGGAAGAGGCGAGCAGUAGCAACGCCAGGACAACGGUUUCGAACGCCCUGCAGCAGGACACCUCGCAGCAGUCGGAGGACGCCGAGCUGGACAUGGACGACGUGCUGCAGCAGUCCGCCGAGCUCGCCGACGAUCUGGACGAGCUGGACGAAGUUCCAGGAUCUCCCACCGCUUCCUCCUGGCACGAACUGCUCCCGGCCCGCUCGGUUUCGGAGCAGCGCGGCCGUUACAAAGCGCUCUCCUGUUGUAGUUUCCUAAGCCUUAGCUCGCUCGUGGUGUACGGCGCCACGGUGCAUUUGCUAUAUCUAUGA